AUGAUCAAGCAACUUGAUAUAUUUGGCAGCUAAAUCCUUCUAAGAUUUAAGGGCUAACAUACUUAUAAUACAAGAUUUGGCUCUUUUUUUACUCUUUUGAUUAUUAGUGUCAUUGGGUUUCGUCUCUUUUUUAUUGUAAAGGACAUAUUUCUUAGGAAUUCCCCUCAAGUUAUUUUAUCAGACAGAUAAGUAGAUGAUCCUGCUUUAUUCGAAAUGACUAAUUCUACAUUUCCUGUUGCUUUUGCUAUGCAAGACCCUAAAACUUUUAAUGCUUACAUUGAUGAAAGCAUUUAUGUUAUAAAAGCUUACUAACAAGUUAAAAGAUUAGUUUUUAAUCAAACAACUAAUGUCUAUGAUUCUGUAUGGGAUACUCCUAUAUCAUUAAAAAUUUAGCCCUGCUCAACUCUUAACUUUGGAAAUCCUACUAAUUCACAUUAUUAUUUAAAACUAUAGUACUAGAAUUAUUACUGCUUUGAUCCAAGUGCUGUUCUCACAAUUUAGGGAGAUUUUAAUUCAAAUGUUUAUUCUUAAGUCAGGUUUAUUGUUUAAAAAUGCUAAAAAAAUUGUAAGCCUCAGGAUGUGAUUGAUAAGUUUUUACUAAAAGCAACAUUCAGUCUUUAAAUGUCAGAUGCUUAUGUCGAUCCAACUAUAAAAGAUAAUCCUUUUGUAAGCUACUCCAGAGAUUUUUUUUGGCCAACAAGUACUUUAAUGCCAAAAGAUGUCAACAUUUAUUUAAGAAAUAAUUAUGUUUAGAGUGAUUUUGGAUGGGUUUUGUCUGAUAUAAAAGAAUAAAAAUUUCCUACUUUUAGCUAUUAUGAAGCUGCGGUUUAUCCUCCAGAUUAUUAAACAUAUUUCUUAUAAGUGUUAUUCAGAUUUGAGAAACAAAAAGAAAGUGUCUAUCAUAGAUAUUACAAGAAUCUUAAUAACAUAAUCUCUGAAAUUGGUGGUUUUACACAGAGUCUUCUUGCUAUUGGAAUAUUAAUUUGUUCAAGAGUUUCUUAAUUGCAAUUAAAUUAAGAAAUAAUAAAUUAAGCAUUUAACUAUGACGAAGAUAGUGAAGCAGAGUGCAGUAACGGUGACAAAAACAUGCUCCAAUAACCUGUCAAAGAUUAAUCCUCCCCAAAUAUUAUCAACAACCAAAAAGAUUAAGUUGAUGCGGAAGAUAACACAAAUGCAUAUAAAAUUCUACUUAACUCACGAUUAUAGAUGUAAAAAACAGGAAAUUCUAGAUUAAUGGCCUAAAAUAAAAACGACAAUACUGUUUCAAUAAACGAAAUUAAAAAAGAUGCUGAUAUAUAAAGCAUUUCAUUUAAUUAAGACAUAACUUAAAAUUUUAAUGCCUUUAAUUCAAACUAUAAAUUUUAACAACCAGCAAGUUUAUAAUCAGGAAUUUUAUAACAUAAAUAAUAAUUCAGCCCUCCUGUCAAGGAAUUUUCGAAAGAAGAAGCAAAUGCUAAAGAAUAAUAGCCAAGUCCACUUAAAAAAGAGCAUCAAUAAAUAUUAAAUUUGUUGCUUAUGGAAGACAGCAGCGAAUAAAAUGAUGAUAAAGAAACUAAAUUAGAAAGAAGCACCAGUAAAGAGGUUAAAAUUCACAAAUAAAAGAAAAAAAUAAUUAAACUGGAAUAAAAGCUUAAAGAAGACCGCUUUAAGGAAUUAAUGGAAAAAUAGACAAAAAGUAUGAGAAUGAGUAUUUGGGAAUACAUAAAAUCAAGUGUUUGGCCAUUUGGAGAGCUAAAGAAAAAGAAAUAAAUAAUUAAUUACAGCAUAGACAAACUUUACUACAAUCUUGACAUUUUUAACAUAGUUAAAAGACUUAUAGAAGUUGAAAAGCUUAAAAGAUUGUUACUGGACUAAGAUUAAAUAAAGUUAUUUGAUUAUUUACCAAAGCCAACCAUACAUUCUGACUGCGUUCUGAAAAAAGAUAUGAAACAGAGCUUGUCUAAAUAGUAUGAAGUAGAUAUUAUGUAUUAAGACAAUCGAACAGAAAUGUAAAAGGUUAAGGAUGCCUUCUAGUCAUACAAAAAAAUAAUAAAGAAAACCGAGCACAGUAAAUUAGAUUAGAAAAUAAUUGAUUUACUGGAUCCUAAUUUGCUAUUUCUAUUUCAAACUUAACAAAAUUAAUAAGCUGAAGCUGAAAUUUAAAAAAGUAAAAAACCAGAUAGUCCAUUAUAAGUAGAGGAAGUUUAGUCAUACAGAUAAUCUCACCAACAAGAAUAAGCAUUUGAAUAAGAUCUCUCUACCCUCAGAAACGAGAUUAAAUUAUUAAAACAGGCCUUAUCUAGUCCUCGCAUGGAAUUAUAGUAGUAACCCAUCAUUUCAAUAUCGUCUGAUAAUAUGGAAAUGAUUAACUUAGAGAGUAUCUAAUAAAGAAAUUCAAAUUAUCCAAGUGUUAUUUUAUAAAAUAAUUCUACUCAAAAAAAUUAAGAGAAUAAACAAAAUGAACAAGAACAAAGUUUCAGCAGUGAAAUUGCAAUAGAAGAUAUAUAAAAUUAGCCAAACCAGUUUGUUGCAAAGAAUAAAAAUAGUGAAAUCUAAUUUAAAAUUGACAGCUGA